AUGGUGAAGCCUGGUGGCCAGCUGGCGGGGGCCCACCCAGGGCGCUGGCACUCCCACAGCCUCCUGCCUCCGGAACUUGGGCUUUUUGUCGGCCUAGAUCUAGGAGGCUUUUUGCCGGUGACCUUUCUGUUCUGUACGAGAGUUCAAAGAGUCCUCAGAUUAUGGAUGAGUAAGGACAGUGGAUGCUAUCAUCUGAGUAGGAGAACUGAACAAGUAAUAACCGGUUUACUCUAA